ACUGCCAAUCCCCGAUCGUUCUGGGGCGCCCAGCCUCCCCUCCUGGCCUCCCACCUCUCCUCCCGCAAGCAACGCGGCACAAUGCAUCGCGGUGGGAGGCAGGCUUGGCUCUCCUGCUCCAGGAAGCGAAGCGGCUGCCCCUCCCUCUGGAUCACACAGGGUUUUUGCAGUAGUGGUGACAGCCGGAUUGGGCACCCGGGAAGCAAUUGAUUCGUCUGCUGCCCGCAGCCCAGAGUUGCCUACGCUGCCCCGAAAGGGAGAGAGGAAAAAGGAGAGAGAGAGAGAGAGAGAGAGAGAGAGAGAGAGAGAGAGAGAGAGACUUACAAAACCUUCCAUCCAUGUGGAGUAGUCUGAGCGAAUCACUACCCACCGUCUGCGGACUCCAACUGCACUUAGUUUUCGCCUCUGCUGGGGGCACGUCUGCUGAUCUUUCAAGCCAAGUCGCCAGGACUUAACAUCUCCCCACCGGCAGGGAAGGCAAGGAGUUGGCAAGAAUUUGGCUCACUCAUUCUGUGGCAAUUUUCUACAAUCCUGGUGUACCAGCCUUCCACCAUGACUGACACUGUGGUGAACCGAUGGAUGUACCCUGGUGAUGGCCCACUUCAGUCAAAUGACAAGGAACAGCUUCAGGCAGGAUGGUCUGUCCAUCCCGGAGCGCAGACCGACAGGCAGAGGAACCAGGAAGAGCUGACAGACGAGGAGAAGGAGAUCAUCAACCGGGUGAUUGCUCGGGCAGAGAAGAUGGAGGCGAUGGAACAGGAGCGCAUUGGGCGCCUGGUGGACCGUCUGGAGAACAUGAGGAAGAAUGUGGCCGGGGAUGGUGUGAACCGCUGCAUUCUGUGCGGAGAGCAGCUGGGUAUGCUGGGCUCUGCCUGUGUCGUGUGUGAAGACUGUAAGAAGAAUGUCUGCACCAAGUGUGGUGUUGAGACCUCCAAUAACCGCCCACAUCCAGUAUGGCUCUGUAAGAUCUGCCUUGAGCAGAGGGAGGUCUGGAAGCGCUCAGGAGCAUGGUUCUUCAAGGGUUUCCCAAAACAGGUCCUUCCACAGCCCAUGCCUAUAAAGAAGACCAAGCCCCAGCAGCCUGCUGGUGAGCCUGCCGCCCCGGAGCAGCCUACAGCCCGGGCUCCAGCUCGAGGUGACAUGGAGGAGAGGAGGGCCCCAGGUCAGAAGCCAGGCCCCGACCUCACCUCUGCUCCCGGGCGAGGAAGCCAUGGGCCUCCCACUCGCAGGGCCUCUGAGGCACGAAUGAGUACAGCUUCCCGGGAUUCUGAGGCCUGGGACCAAGGUCACGGUGGGGGUGCUGGAGACACUAGCCGGAGCCCAGCAGGUGAGAGAGGUUUGAGGAGGGCUAACUCAGUCCAGGCCUCCCGUCCCGCCCCGGCCUCAAUGCCAAGCCAGGCACCUCCUCAGCCUGUGCAGCCAGGGGCCCCUGGGGGCAGCAGGGCCGCUCCCGGGCCAGGACGCUUUCCAGAGCAGAGUGCAGAGGCUCCUCCAAGUGACACUGGCUACCCAGGGGCUAUCGCCCCAGCCCGGGAGGAGAGGACAGGACCUGCUGGGGGCUUCCCGUCAGCUCCCCACAUGGCAGGCCCCUAUUCCCAGGCGGCCCCUGCCCGCCAGCCACCACCUGCAGAGGAGGAGGAGGAGGAAGCCAAUAGUUACGACUCAGAUGAAGCAACCACUCUGGGUGCCCUGGAAUUCAGCCUUCUCUAUGACCAGGACAACAGCAACCUGCAGUGUACCAUCAUCAGAGCAAAGGGACUGAAGCCCAUGGACUCCAAUGGCUUGGCAGAUCCGUAUGUGAAGCUGCAUCUGCUGCCUGGCGCCAGCAAGUCCAACAAGCUUCGUACGAAGACCCUGCGCAACACGCGGAACCCUGUGUGGAACGAGACACUGCAGUACCAUGGCAUUACAGAGGAGGAUAUGCAGAGAAAGACACUCAGGAUCUCCGUGUGUGAUGAGGACAAGUUCGGCCACAAUGAGUUCAUUGGUGAGACCAGGUUCUCACUCAAGAAGCUGAAGCCUAACCAGAGGAAAAAUUUCAACAUCUGCCUCGAGCGGGUGAUCCCGAUGAAGCGUGCAGGGACCACUGGGUCAGCCCGUGGCAUGGCACUCUAUGAGGAGGAGCAGGUGGAGCGAAUUGGCGACAUAGAGGAACGUGGAAAGAUCCUGGUGUCCCUCAUGUACAGCACACAGCAGGGCGGCCUCAUUGUGGGCAUUAUCCGCUGUGUGCACCUGGCCGCCAUGGAUGCCAAUGGCUACUCAGACCCUUUUGUCAAGCUCUGGCUGAAACCAGACAUGGGGAAGAAAGCCAAGCAUAAGACUCAGAUUAAAAAGAAAACCCUGAACCCUGAGUUUAAUGAGGAGUUUUUUUAUGACAUCAAGCACAGCGACCUGGCCAAAAAGUCCCUGGAUAUCUCAGUGUGGGAUUACGACAUCGGCAAAUCUAACGAUUACAUCGGAGGCUGCCAGCUGGGGAUCUCCGCCAAGGGUGAGCGCUUGAAACAUUGGUAUGAAUGUCUGAAGAACAAGGACAAGAAGAUUGAACGUUGGCACCAGCUGCAGAACGAGAACCACGUGUCGAGUGAUUAGGACCUAGUGCCCCAGUGCCCCCCAUCUCCGCCCCAGCUGGUCUUCCCUCUCAGAGCCGCCCUUGCUACCCUUGAGCCUUUGACGUCUCCCCCACUUCAGACUGCUGCCAAAGACCCGCUCCCUGGGCUGUAGGGUCUGUAUGCGAGCCCUUUCUGGUCCCUGGGAUGGGGGGGGGUGGUGGUAGUGGAGAGAUGUUUACAAAGGGGCUUGCUCUGACCUUGAACACAUAUAAGGUCAUUCCCUGUGUCCUGUCUACAUGUCCCCUUGGGCAGUGGCAGAGCCUCAGACUGUAAGGACCAGCUCAGGGGCAGAAAUUGUACAUCAAGGCCGCCUCUGUCCCCCACCCCAAACACUCCAGAAUAAAACAGACCCACCCCUGACUCUAGACACACCAGGAAAUAGACACACAGAAUACACAGAGGGCCUGCACCCCUUCCUCCAGGAAGAUGCCCACCUGCUUCCUAGGAAAAACGAAUCCCCCGCUCUCUCUCUUUCUCCCUGCACCAACCUCUUCUGGCUCAUCUUCCAUCCUAACAUUGCCCCGCACCCAUCCUCAUGCCCCCCUGCUCUACUGCCUCUCUUCUACUCCCCCUCCACAAUGGAGGAUGCGAGACAGAGCCUCACCCUGCCCCCGUGCCGGUGCCCCUCGCCAGCCUAGUCAGCAACCUCACAAGCUGGAUAAGCCUGGGCCCCACACCUCUGAAGUCACAUCUCCUGUUGGCAUGCCUGGCUGUCCUCGGGCCUGGGGUCUGCAGCGGGCACAGCCUGGGUGCAUGGCAGCCUUCUUCUAGUACUAUAGAUACCUUGUGGUCCAGGAUCUCUUUCUCGUCCCUGGCUCCCCAAAUGGGCACAGGUGGCACAGAGCUCUGGAUCUGAGGGGACCUCCUCCCAGGUCCCAAUGCUUCUCCCCUUCUACUCUUCGGCAAUGAACAAAGGAACCGCCCCCCACUCCCACUCAGAGCCAACUCUGUUCUCUGUCUCUUCCCUAAGGUUCCUAGGGGCGAUCAAAUAACAGUAUUACAAACUCCAAGCAGGGCAGAACCCUCCUAGUCUAUCACAAAUCAAGAGGAAUGUGCAUCCGAGGCUGGAGUCGGGCCGUCUUCCACGCACGAGAAGAAAGUCUCAUUUUUUUUUCCCAUUUUGACAGUCUUUCCCCGUCAGUGUCCCAAGCCGUCCCCCUCCCCCCCCCAGGCAGUCAAACCAAGACUAAAUCUCUCAUUCCCAACUCAGUCCUGCUUGUUCCUUUCAAUAUCCCUUGGGAUACCCCCUACUCACAGCAACGCUUGCUGUGCCUGAGGGACUCUCGUGUUGCCCUGAAAUGACUCUCUUCUAGAAUCUGGUUCUCUGCCUGCCCCAAAGUGGCCGACAGUCCCCCACUACCGCCUCCUUCCCCGCUACCUUUGACUCUCUGUUCAGUCCCCACGGUCCCCACGCUCUGCCCACCUCCCUGUCACGGUCACCCUUAGGAGAAAGCAUGCUGGCUGUGUUGUCCAAGCCUAAUGCUGGUUUUGGCUCUGGUCUCGGAAUGCAGCCUGCUUGAAGCGCCCUGACGCCAUCCCCCACUCAUGCACCCAUCCCUUCACGUAGAACACAUGCCCUCCCCCUCCCCAGGUGCAUGCACAAUGCCCACUGCCUUUACUUUGCACUGAUGUAGCCAAAAAAUAAAGUAGGAAUAUCUGGGAAAGCGAU